GUGUGUACAUCCACAGUUUAGUUUUCAUGGUUACAGUUUAUUUCCAGAAAUAUAGGAAUUUAUAUUUGUUUGUGGUGUUAAACACUCAAUUUUUUCUCCUACUAAUUACUAUACGAAGUGUUUAUUAAUCAUUUGGUUUUGAUUAGAAAAAAUAUGAUGGAUUCAAAGUUUCAAUGAUUUUGGAUAUGAAGAUGGAAGGAUCUUAUGAUGUAUCAUCAUGCAAUGAAGGAGAAUCAACAAAAAGAAAUCUUCAAAUAAUCGAAUAUUCGUCGCCUUAUGAUUAUGAAUCAUGCAUGAAAUUAUUAUCAUUUUCAUUACCUUGGUUUGAUGUAAGAGUUUUUUAUGUAAGAGUUAGUGGAAUUCAAGUGAAUGAUGAUGAAUCGACAUCGCGAUUUCUAUAUCUUCAUCAUGUGCCUUUAAGUCCCGAUACACUUUUAGAAAUAAAUGGUGUUCGAAGUAACAUGAACAAUGAUGAAGAUUCUUCGAUUCUAAGAAGGGAUAGAAUCGAUAAGAAAUCGGAACAAGUUACUUUUGUGAAUACGGAUAGUAUAAGAUUAAAUGGUAGUAUGAAGUUUGAGAUUUGUGAUAAAGAUCAAUGUGUUCUCUCUUGUGUUCUUGAGAUGAAUGAUGGUGAUGAUGGUGAUAAGAGAUUUUGGAGUAUGAAUUGCGAAACGGAAAUGAAAUCUAAUAGUGGUUUUUUCAAAGGAAAAAAUGUUUGUGUUCCUGAAAUUGAGGUUUAUGUUGCUGGUUGUUUCUUGGGAAGACCUAUAAUCUUAACUAGGACACUGCAGUUCAAUUGUAGGAAGAAGCAGAAUAGGAAGUUGGGUAUGUUGGAUGUGAUUCCGGAAUAUGAAACAACUGAGUAUAAGAAAUAUGUUUCUGAUGAUCAUGAUCAUCAUGGACUUGAUUUACAGGGAGCUGAGUACAAAAGCUUCAAACCAGAAAAAGAGGAUUACAAUAACAUGUAUUGGCAAAGAACAGGAUAUAUGGACAUGGAAGAUGGUGGUGAGCUAUCAUGGUUCAAUGCUGGAGUAAGAGUUGGUGUUGGAAUUGGACUUGGCAUCUGUGUAGGAGUUGGCAUAGGAGUCAGUCUUUUGGCACGUUCUUACCGAACAACUACUCGUAAUUUCAAGAGGAAGUUCAUAUGACCUCUUUUGUAAAUAGUUUGUGUGUAGAGUGUGUGCGAAUAGCGAAUAUUGUAAAUCUCAAAGUACUGAGUUUGAUUUCUAGACAUAAGAAAAACAAAACUACUUAUCUAUGGAAAACAUGAUAGUUCCCA